GUUACGAUAUGGGCGCUCUUUGUGCAAUUGUUUUAGUUUUGAUCUUUUUUGACGUGUGCCAGUCUACUAUUAUUUCGAGGAAAUACACCGCACAACUGGAACUCAAUGAUGAGAAGUCAAAUGAAGAACCUUUAGGAGAACACAACUCUACAUCAGUAAUAGAGUGUGCAGCGCGUUGUCAAAGGGAGUGUAGUAUCUUUGGUUUCCACUCUCAAAUGAAAAAAUGUCGAACCCACAAGAGGAACCUCAUGUCUGAAGUAUCAAAUGAGGAUGGCUGGAGAUACUACUCACAUGACUUCACUCCAAUAGACUGUAAGGAUCUUCAAUCAGAUGGAUACUUUAAUUCAGGGGUGUAUGAAAUCUACCCCUAUGGUACCAUUACCAGUCCUGUCCAGGCAUACUGCGACAUGACUACAAUGGGUGGGGGAUGGACGGCAAUCCAAAAACGAAUUAAUGGAACCCUGGACUUUGACAGAACCUGGACGGAAUAUAAAAAUGGUUUUGGCGCCCCAGAACAGGAUGUCUGGGUUGGAAAUGACGUAAUCCAUCAAUUAACCAAAGAAGGUACCUCAUCCCUGUACGUGACCAUAACUCUACAGAAUGGUACAACGCUGUAUGAAACGUACGACAGAUUCUCUGUCUCCGACGAAGCAGGAAAAUAUCAACUCUUUCUUGCAGGACCUGCCACGGGAACCUUGGGAGACAGUAUGUUGGACACGGGUAAUCCUAACAGAGAUCUGUCUGGGAUGUCCUUCACCACCCCGGACAGAGAUAAUGACAGAGCUAGUUUACACUGUGCGACUGUCAGUUACACUAGAGGAGGCUGGUGGUUCAAUGCCUGUCACGCCGCCUUCCUUAACGGUCAAUGGUCCCCGGAGUCCUGGUACAACCCAUGGUCUCCCACAGUAACGAGUGGGACGUCAGUAAGGGGGACCACCAUGAUGAUCAGACGUAACUAGACGAAAGAUCAUCCAUGGAUUACGGAAACCCCCAAGAGACGAUUUUAAAUUAAUUUUUAUCGCUGAGUUCUUUUUUUAAUAUUUAACAUCAAGUAACAAACAGUAAAGGAAGGAGGAUUGAAAGGCUCUGUAAAGCGAU